AUGGGGGAAGUACAAGGCAUGAGCACAUCUCCACUACCAUCACCGGCCGAGGUUCCUUCGCCUAUCCCCCCAACAGCAGCAAACCCAUACAACCGUGCUUCGUCUCGGCCAGCUUCGAAUCUUGCUCGGGCCAGUGACGAACGAUAUCCCCUCGAGAAGAAGAUCGCGACAAGCGAUCAUGCACGAAAAACACAUUCGCACAUAUCCCAGGUGUCGCAUGGGAGCAGCGCAAAUGCGCGUCAGAUGCCGUCGUCCACCCUAGGCGCUAAUGUCCAUCCAGACGAAGGCUGCUUGGAGGAAGGACGGAGCUCGCAAACUCUGAAAGAACUCCGCAGACAGAUGGAAGAAUUACUGGUUUAUCAGCAGAUGCAGCAAGCCCAGGAUCACAACCCGUCGAACCACCGAGAAACAAAUACCGGUUCGUCGGUAUUGCACGACUCAGCAAGGAAACGGCGCAUCUCGAACCUCUCCCCUCCGAAGUUUGCCCUUUCCGCUACCGGAACCUUGCACUCAGAUUCGACUGGUUCUGCUGGCACAGUCAAGGCCCUGGACCUGGAGGAUGAUAUCUCGAAAGCCAUUGACCAGACUCCAUCGUAUCCGUUUCCUAAGAUGAAUUUGCAGCAGAUCGCAAAGCCAAUCCAGGACGCGACAUCGCACUCGGGCCAGUUCAAACUGACCCUCCCGUCUGAGAAGUUGAAGAUCCAUAUGGCACCAACACAAUCAAAGGACGACCGGCAGCCUGCUAUCAACAAAUAUGUCUCGGGAGGUGCAUUUCUACCUUUAGAUCACAAGCUUGUUCCGGACGAUGCUUCCUAUCCCACCCCUAACCUUUAUGACCUGACUUUGCAACUGAAUGCGGACUCGGGGCUUGAAGCAUGGUGGGCGAAUGUCGUAGAAAUCUUGAAGACUCACUAUGGUGCGGAGAGAGUGUCACUUGCUGUGCCGGGCGACACAACGGACCUCGAAAACGUUCCAUGGGGCCAAAAAGCGGUAUGGAGCCCCGACGCAAACCCUGUCGCUGGGCACAAUGAGACGAUCACACCGGUUUAUCCAACUCACAAGGACGCUGGAGUUGCUGGGAAAUUGAAGAAAGAGGAAGUCGCGAAAGAGAAGGCCGGAGAUGGACCGGUUCCGCCCCUUCUUCCCAAGCGUCCGACCCUACUGUCGCGCCAUUCGUUUGCCGGAUUUGGAAAAGAAAGGACAGCGACUAGUUGGCAUGACAUGAGUCGAGCUCAGCAUAUCCAAAAGAUGAGGGAAGGCUCUAACAUGCAUCGUCAUGAAAUGCCGUCUGUUUCCGAAUUGGGCACACCUGGCGUUGCCUCGAUUCCUGAACAAGAGACCCCUACGGCCCGAAUCCAGGAAAGUUGUGAUCCCUCUAAUCCUUCUCAGUGCAAUGAUCAAAACACUGUUUUCCCUCUACCUCGACCGCUAGAGGUUGAGCCUGAUCCCCUCAUCAAGAGGACAGGAGUAGUGAAACUCUUCGGGCGUACGAAACCGGUUGUGCUCACGCGGGAGUAUUCACAGAAUCCAGUCGUGACACCCAGGUCGGCACAUGGCGAAGUCGCUCAGACACCAGAGGACACGGUCCAGGUAACACCUACGACGGAGCCGUCCCAAACACCGCAACAAAUCCCACAAUACAAUCACAACGCACGCCCUAGAUCUGCAUCCAACCUUAGUACUGCCAGUUCAUGUUCCCAACGAUUUCCGCUAAUGCAUGUGUACGACGAAUAUGAACAAGUACCGCCGUCUCCAUGGUCACAAUCCCCAGCGCCUUCUCCAGCACCCCGCGCGCACGCAGAUCAGAAUCCUUUCUUCACUAUCCACACCGUUGAUGAGAGCGCUUUUGCGCAGCACCCACCGCCUCAUGACUAUUCGAACACGGAACCCCUGGAAGCAAUUGGUGUCGAUUUGGCAAAGUCGGUGGUUCAUAUUCCUCUACUCCACGCCGGACGUUCCAAAGAGACGUCACCCUCAACAUUGAGAUUCCCAGUUGCAGUUAUCUCGAUCCUAUCACCUAUCAUACCCUAUCCCUCGAGCCUGAGACAAUCUCUGGCAUUUUUUAUGCCCCACCUCACCACCUCUUUCAAUCUGGCGCAACAGUACAGCCAGCUCGAGCGCCAGCUCAGCUCACGCGUGGACAUCCCCCGCUUUGGUCACAUACUCGGUCUUGGUGGCACGUUCUCUGACGAGAGCAGCGAAAUGGAACUCGUCGCUGGACUUAGCGGACAUAUCAGUUAUCACUUUGCUGACGAUGUUUCGCUAUCUGCCCGUGCCAGUCUCUCCAGCCCAGGUGAAAGAUCCAAUUCGACCAAGUUUAGUCCAGCCAUAUCUGGCUUUGGUACGCCGGGCAUUGACCUUGGAUAUUCCACGGCAGGUGCAGCCCUCAAUCCUGGUGAAUCGCCAGGACCGAGUGCGAAAAGUGGGAACGAGGCUGUGGAUAGCUACUUUAACGUUCAGCGAUCCAAAAGCGUCCGAGAUGCUCUCACCCAUCAUCGGAAUAAACUCUCAAAGCCGAAGAAAACCGCUGCAUCGACGCCCACUUCUCCAGGGAGAGUAUGGGAAAAACGUUCGGUCGGCGAAGAAUCGUCUGUUCAAGACCCCACUGUCGCAGAAUUGUCCCCUUUGCAAGAGUCUAAGGUUGCACCAGUCAUAUCACCGACUCAGCACACUUCUCGCCACGCUUCAGCAACUGCUUUCUAUGCACAGUUGCAGCGAGAGCUUCCACGCCCUUUUUCCGACACAAUUGCACAGUUGAUGCUAAACUCAGUUCCACUCCACCUCUUCCUCGCGAAGCCUCAGAGCGGUGAGGUAAUUUGGACCAACUCUAAGUUUGAUGCUUAUAGGAGGAGCCAGCCUCAGGAACAAAAGCUGAGAGACCCAUGGCAGAACAUACAUCCGAGCGAGCGGGAACAUGUGUCGCAGGAAUGGGCCAACGCUCUUCGGACUGGGUCACAGUUCACCGAACGCGUGCGCGUCAAGCGGUUUAACGAUGAUGCAGCCUACCGUUGGUUCAUUUUUCGCGCAAACCCGCUACUUUCCUCCACGGGAGAGGUCCUGUAUUGGAUCGGGUCGUUCCUUGACAUCCAUGAGCAACAUAUCGCAGAGUUGAAAGCAGUGCAAGAGCGGCAGAAAUUCGCCAUUGACGCCAAAUAUCGUGCCUUCUCCAAUUCGAUCCCUCAAGUCGUGUUUGAAGCAACCGAACAUCGUGGUCUUAUCUUUGUGAAUGAGCAAUGGCACCUGUAUACUGGCCAGAAGCUGGAGGAUGCACUCAAUUUUGGUUUCGCAAAGCAUAUCCAUCCUGAUGAUCUAGAAAAGUGCAGCUCUCUCUCUUCCUAUCUCUCGGAAGCCCCCAGGAAGCCAUCUGCCGAAUCCAAUGGGGCCGCCGAAGAUGCUGGUAAAGAGAAAGUGAGCUCCCCCGGUAGGCAUUUCCCGCACGGUGUCACGCCUGCACUGGAUGAGCUCGUUAGACUCGGGAUCGCAUCCGUUCAAAAGGAUGAGAACGGCCGUGUUUUCUAUUCGACAGAGAUUCGUCUGCGCUCUAAGGGAGGCGACUACCGAUGGCACCUUGUCCGCCUGGUUCGGGUUGAAACCAGCAGUUUCGGCAGCGGUGAAGCUUCGUGGUACGGCACAUGCACUGAUAUCAACGAUCGCAAGAAUCUGGAGCGGGAACUCAACCGUGCCAUGCAACAAUUGAACCACCAGAUGGAGUCCAAGACGAAGUUUUUCAGCAACAUGUCGCACGAGAUUCGAACACCUCUUAACGGCAUUCUCGGCACGAUCCCGUUCAUUCUUGAUACGCAGCUUGAUACUGACCAAAGACGUAUGCUCGACACCAUUCAGAACAGUUCUACCAACUUGCGCGAAUUGGUAGACAACAUUCUCGACGUUUCCAGAGUCGAGGCUGGAAAGAUGUCCUUGGUCAAUUCCUGGUUCCAUGUGCGUUCUGUGAUUGAAGAUGUGAUCGACACUGUUUCUUCCCGGGCUCUCGACAAAGGCCUGGAACUCAACUACUUGAUGGAUGUGGAUGUGCCACCUAUGGUCAUUGGUGACAGAUUCCGCAUUCGGCAAGUCCUGAUCAAUCUUGUCGGUAACGCAGUCAAGUUCACCGCCCAGGGGGAGGUCUACAUCAGGUGCUCAAUGUAUUGCGACGUUUCAGUGCCUCUCAAGGAAACAGAAUUGAUGCUGAACUUUGACGUGGUGGACACCGGGAAGGGCUUCAGCGCCAGGGAUUCCGAACGGCUGAUGCAACGAUUCAGUCAAUUGGGAGAGAAUGCCUCUCAGCAGAAUGCUGGUAGUGGAUUGGGGCUAUUCUUGUCGAAGCAACUGGUCGAGAUGCAUGGGGGGCGGCUGACCCCAAGCAGCAAGGAAGGGCAGGGCGCAAAGUUUUCGUUCUUCGUCAAGGUUGACGCUCCACCUCCACCCUCAGCGGAGGACCCUCGCCUUGUUCGGCAGUCUUCGAGCACAUCGGAGGCCUUUGGGGCGCAGCCCAAACCGGAUUCCCUCCAGAGACUGUUGUUCUAUUCGAGGGAUUCGGCUGACCCCAAGGUGCUAGAACCCGCUGACUUAUCUCCCGCUCUGGAAUCUCCCCUAUCUCAGCCUCCGAGUGGCUUUGAGUCAUUUGCACGGUUUCCCUUCACCAAUUUUCUCGAUCGUUCAUCUGUGUCUUCUGCUCUCCCAACUCCCGAGGUUCUUGGAAUGAGCCCUUCAGCCGGCGCGGACGCCAUAAAACUUUCACCUCAGAUGGAUGCGACUCAAAGCCGUGCACACCCGGCGACUGGACCCAGUAAUGAUGCCCUCCUGCCUCCGCAGCAACCACCAUCAAUGUCCGUACAGGUUUCACCUGCGGGGACUCUUGGUGUACAGAACCGAAGUCCAUUUUCUAUCCUCAUCCUGUGUCCAUUGGAUCACGCACGGAAAGCCAUCAAACAGCAUAUUGAGCAGGUGGUGCCCCACGAUAUCCCAUUCUCGAUCUCGUCACUGCCUGACGUUGAGGAUUGGCGAGACUCCAUAAACGAUGGAUCCGCAUCGCAACCGACUCACUUGGUACUUAAUCUACCCAACGUGGAUGAUAUCAAGGAGAUGAUGCAGUACGUUUCUGGCUGCGAUCCGGCCACAGCCCCGGCUCUUGUAAUCAUUUCCGACCUGUACCAAAAGCGACAGAUCAAUUCAAAGAUCAUGGACCUAUCGUCGAGCGGAAGGCGUGUCUUUACUGUGCCGAAACCGGUCAAGCCUUCUGCCUUCUCGACCAUCUUUGACCCUAGCAACCAACGAGAUUUGAGCAAAGACAGAAAUCAGGACAUGGCUAGGGAGAUCAACAAUAACUUCAAAACCAUGUCGAAGAUUGUGAAGGAGGUUAUUGGAAAUAAAGGCUACCGAAUAUUGCUGGUCGAAGAUGACGAGACAAAUCGCAUGGUGAUGAUGAAGUAUCUUGACAAGAUCAAGGUCAUGGCUGAGACUGCGGCCAAUGGGCAAGAAUGUACCGAGAUGGUCUUCUCCAAGGAGCCGGGGUAUUACUCUCUGAUCAUCUGUGACAUUCAAAUGCCUGUCAAGAACGGCUACGAAACCUGCCGUGAAAUUCGCACCUGGGAAUUGAAGAAUCAUUAUCCCCAAAUACCGAUCAUGGCUCUCUCCGCCAAUGCAAUGACGGAUCAGAUCGAGAAUGCUGCACGCGCUGGCUUUAACGACUAUGUGACGAAGCCUAUCAAGCACAAUGAUCUUGGGAAGAUGAUGAUGGGAUUGCUCUCGCCCGACCGACCACUACUUCUUCUUCGGGAUCGUCUCCAAACCGACUCGGAGGGCCAUCUGUCCGCUGCGUCAGUCGUACCAUGA